CACUACUCAUUGUCUCUCUCUCACUUUGUGUGGACGAACGUAUAUUGACGAUGGCUAAACCGAGCAAUAGCUAUGCACCAGUUUCUGUGAUAGGGCCUCAGUUCAUGGCACCAUCUCAAUUUGAUAUUAUAGUCGAUACAACUUUACGUGGAAACAUUGUGAUCACUGAUAUGAACCAUAAAAUCCUGCUCAAAGUGAAACCAUUCGACACAUCAUUUCAUCAUCAGAGAGUGCUACUUGAUGCUGAUGACGAACCCAUUGCUAUAAUCCGUCAAAAGUGGAUGACUUCACACGAACGAUGGAGUGUAUUCAGGGGUGAAAGUGAAAGUAAUUCGGAUAUAAUAUUUAGCACAAAAGAACCACACAUGUUCCAGAUUAAGACUGCUCUUGAUGUGUUCUUGGCAAAGAAAACCAGUAGUGAUGAUGUUUGUGAUUUUAAGUUGAAAGGAAGCUGGUCGAACAGAAACUGCACUAUUUUUGUGGGAGAUACUUCAACACCAAUAGCCCAAAUGUUUAAAAUGGAAUCAUCGAAGAAUGUAAAGUGGGUUGAAGGCAAAUUCAUGGUGACAAUUUAUCCUAAUGUGGAUUAUGCGUUUGUGGUCACACUUAUAGCGAUUGUUGAGGCUAUGAAAAUGAUAAAGUCUGACAGUAGAAAAAAGCUUUUGAAGGAAGUUGGUACAAAUGUGGGCGGCAUUCUCACUUCCUAAAAUAAUUCUUUGAUGGAUCAAUGGGAUUAUAUAUAUAUAUAUAUAUAUAUAUAUAUAUAUAUAUAUAUAUAUAUAUAUAUAUAUAUAUAUAUAUAUAUAUAUAUAUAUAUAUAUAUAUAUAUAUAUAUAUAUACUAUUAUAUUAUAUAUAUUAUAUAAAACAUGUUGUGUGUUUCUAAAGAGAUACAAAAUCCAAUGUCCAUCCUUUAAUAAAAGAAACAUUUUUAUGCCA